AUGCUCGCUGCGCGCAGCCUCGUCCCCGCGUGCUCUCGCGCGCUUCCUCUCGCCCGCUCUGCUCUUUUUGGUUACUCAGGGGCACGCGCAGCGUUUCGCGCGACGAUUGGCUGCCUCGGUGGCGGCGCCACAGGACCGGGCAACUACGCGAGCGGAGUGGGCGCUUAAGGAUCCCGCGGCUCCUCAGAUAUAGCCAUAUUUGUCUUGCACAAGAGAGCUCAGUGGGAAGUGAACGCGCACCAGUAGAUGAGCAGCUGACUAUGAAUUCUGAGCAGAGCAUACGCGAAUUAGGCAAUGAAGUCCCAUCUGAGGACCUUGAACUACCAGGAAGAAAACCCAGCAAUUUUCAGGUCCUCCAACCUUGUCGGGAUGAAGGGGCAUCUGCAGAGUGCAGUAUUGUGGAAUGUGGGAAGAAUUACGAACCUGUGAUUUCUCAUCAAGUUAUCCCAGACUUAAAUAAAGAGACAUCAGUAGCAUAUCUUCAAAAAGAAUUGGAAAUUCUCAGAGCAAGCAAUACAAAGCUUCAAGAAAAAUUGGCUAAGGAAGAUAAAGAGAAGAGAAGACUGAAGCUUAAGUUGGAACUCCAAGAGAAAGCCGCGGAGGCUGACAUUGCGGAAAGGACUGCAGCUUUGGUUGAAGAAGUGUAUUUUGCACAGCGAGAACGUGAUGAAGCUAUUAUGUGCCGACUGCAGUUAGCCCUCAAGGAGAGAGACGAAGCCAUUGCACAUGUGAAACAUAUGGAAAUGUCACUAAAAAUGCUAGAAAAUAUUAACCCUGAAGAAAAUGACAUGACAUUACAGGAAUUACUGAACAGAAUAAACAAUGCAGACACUGGGAUAGCUAUUCAGAAGAAUGGAGCUGUGAUUGUGGAUACAAUCUACAAGACCAAGGAAUGUAGGAAGAGAAUAACCGCAGAAGAAAUGAGUGCAGUCCUAGAGGAGCGGGAUGCGGCUUUGUCUCAGUGCAAACGGCUGCACCAGGAGCUUCAUCGUCUGAAAGAGCAGAACCAGACUUCAGCAAACAACACGAGACGUCCGACGGCUGAAAACAAUCAGGAACGUGCUCUGAAGGCAAAAUUAUUGUCAAUGCAGCAAGCCAGAGAAACUGCAGUUGAACAGUACAAAAGGCUGGAAGAAGAAAUACAGACAUUACGAGUUUACUACAGCUUGCACAAAUCAUUAUCUCAAGAAGAAAGCCUGAAGGAUCAGUUUAACCAUGCCCUUAGUACCUAUGAAGAAGCCUUAAAAAACAGAGAGAGCGUUGUCUCCAUCACUCAGCAACAGAAUGAAGAACUGGCCACCCAACUUCAGCAGGCUCUCACUGAGCACUCUCACAUGGAAUUACAGCUUCAGUGUGCUGUGGAGGCCUCCCAGGCAGCCAACGAAAAGGUUCAGAAGUUAGAAAGGCUGGUGGAUGUCCUGAGGAAGAAGGUUGGAACAGGGACCGUGAGGACCGUGAUCUGACUGAAAGCCACCCAGUCUGGGGGAGCAAUCACAUCUGGUGACCAGGCUGCCUCAUUCAACACUGUGUAAACACUAAAAGCCUUAACUUAGCAAACAGUUGUUAGAAGUGGGACACUCCAAGCACAUUCCAAGCUGAGAUAAAAUCAAAUCACAAAUGUUUAACCACUUUGCUGCUGACUACAGUUAUUUAUCCAAAUAUAUUAACUACAGGCUUUUACCAACUAGAACAUUGCAGCUUAUUUUGUAGCUAUUUUAUAUUUGUGCCUUUAAUGUAAAUCUUUUAGCCGGUAUGCUAUAAAAAAUGUGUGAAGUCAGUUGGGAUCGGAGCCCCGCAUAUGGCCCUUUCUGAAUCAAAGUGCAGCAAAGUAAAUAUUGUCCAAGCCUUAAUCCACUGUGUUAGGUCAAAACUUCAAAUAAAUGCGUUUUCAGUAUAGAGUAUAUUUCUUAACUGAUGGGAGAAGCUCAGACAUGAGAGAAUGUAGCCUACCUUCAGUGUAUGUAUACAGCUUUUGUUCAUACUAUUGAAGAAUAUAGUAUAGAUGGCAUGAAUUAAAUGUAUAAUUUGCUUUAAUAGGACAUUAAAAUGGCAAUCACCAAGACAUGAUUUUUGUUUCACUAUAAAUAAUAUACACUGUUUUCAAUAAAAAGGGCUAUUAAAGUACACUUAUACAUAAAUAUUGUUGGUAUUUUUUAAUGUUGAGUCCAGGUAAUUAUCUAAGCAUCAUUUAAGCUGUAGAAAGAGCCAAGUUUCUGCUCAUAGUUUGGGACACUUUUGGCUUGAAAAUUAGCAUGUGCCAGUUAGCAUGUCUCUAUCCUAAAAGGCAAGAAUACAUAAAACUUGUAAGCAUUCUUGUUAUUUUCUUAGACUAUUCAUUUUACUGUGGUAGAAGGGAAUCAAUAUAUAAUAUACAAAAGAUUCCAAAUAGGAGAGCAUAAAAAAAGCAUUCUUGCAAUUUGGUUCAAAUUUCUACUUUGAAUUUAUUUAAGACAUAACUUAAAAUAAUGAAAGCAUAGGCACUUAGCAUAUGAUGUUGUGAAUACUCAUGAAAAAUAUUGUCAGUUUUACAGACUGAGUAGCCGAAAGGCCAAGCCUCAAACAGGAUGAAAUGAAAAUAAAAAACAGAGUUAGUGAAAUUUUAUAAUUGGAAACUGUUCUAAGUUCCUAACUCAUCUAUUAGAGUGAGCUAAAGUAUUUAUCAUUUCCUGUUUUCAGGAUAAAUAUGUUCAGAAUGGUAGACUAUACCAUUCAUUCAUAUGCCGUUAGAAGUAUCUGUGUUAUUUCUCUUUCAACUCUGAAGCACAUUUUGAGUUGUUUUUUUUUUUUUGUCAUAGAUGAAAUAUGAAUCGAAAUACCGAUACACUAUUUUCUUGUUACUUAAUCUAUAAAAUGAAGAUUCAUCUCACUGCAUUCAGCUUUGAAAGCUGCUCUUGCUUCAUGUUCUUAGUGAUUUUAAAUUACAAGACUUACAAGAUAAAUAAUAGCCGGCCUUAAAAUAAAUGCUCUGCCCUUGUUCCAGAGACACAGAAAGCAUCACAGCCUCUGAUAGACCAAACGACUCCUUAAACACGGAAGGUAGUGGCUUAGUUGCCUGUCCUCAUGUCCUGGAACAGCCACCCCACCCACCCCACCCCACCCCUCCCCACCCAACCCCUUGUGAAGACAUGGUAUCUUGCAACUUACCCAAGAGAUGUGGGUAAGUAUAGAAAAUAUCCAUUCCUGAAUGUUUUUAACACAGUCACCGGCAGAAGUUGAAUUUUUCGUUUAGCCUUUAGAAACAGACACUUUCCUGAAGUUAUUUACUCUGAAGUCUUAGAACACUGAGCACAAAUAAAACUAUUUUAUAACUUCCAGUGUCACUUCGAGCAACCGGUUCCUGUGCUGUUGUACAGAGCAAGAGAUUAUAAAAUGAAACUCAUGGAGCACUUCUAACAUCCACCACAUUUACGAAUAGGUUCCCCAAAUCAUUCAGAAAUGUCCCGGACAACUUUUGUCUUGAGUCCUUACACAUAAAAAUGCCCACCAACACUCUUCUGAGUCAUCACUACUUUUUAUGUGGAGGAAUAACCAUAAUCACUGAAAAAUCCACUUAUUAAAAAGCAGGGCAUCUAUUAAAGAAUUCCGUUUGCAGAGUUUCCUUGAGUUUGCCGUAAGCAUCACCAAGGCUGUUCCUAUAGCAGCAUGAUAGUUCACGUCUUAGAAAAACAAGCAACCCAUUUGAAGAAGAGGUUACUGUUGGUUGUAACACAUGACCUGCAAAUCAUACUCCACAUCGUUUUAUAUUUGGCUCUAGCAGCAGCCGCAUGAUAACUAUAUGGAUUUUAGUAUUGAUUUUAUUGUUGUAUGGUCAUUGUUAAUUAUUUUGAUUCUGAUAAGGAAACAAAUACAGAGCCUUUUGGAACUUCCCAGAGGACUGAGGUCUUGAAACUAUCCCCCACUGGAACUAUAGGUCUCUAAGCCUCACUGUAGGAAAAGAAUAGUAUAGCAAAUAUUUUUCUUUUUAAUUUUUCCAGAUAUUUUUAUUGAUUCUUUGAAUAUCUCCUACAGUGUAUUUUAAUAUUUAUCCCUACCUGCUCCCCUUAGCUCUUCCAAGAUCCUUCACCAAAUCCUUAUCUGCCCCAACUUUGGAUCUUUAUUUUUAAUUUAAUAGCCUAGCAACUAAAUUUUGUGCUAUCUGGGUAAUUAUUGGUACAGAGAAAUCCACUCGAGCACAGCAAAGAUUUUAAUGUCUCUGCUACAGAGAUGCCCUCAUGGUCAAGUCAUUUAUUGUUCUUGCAGAAAACCCAGGUUGGUUCCCAUUACCCAAGUCAGGUGCCUCAUAGCUUUCUAUAGCUCUUAUCUGCAAGAUACAACACCCUCUGGCCUCCGUGGGCACCUGUAUUCACACAAACACACAAAAGUUAAGCAAGCACACACACACCAUAAAUAAAAAGUUAAAUAGGGCAGCAAUUAGAAGCAAUGUCUUGAAAGAUACAUUUUUAAGUUCUGUCAUCUCUGCUACCAUUGUUCUUUACAGAUAGGCAUGAGUUCUCUAGUGAUCUAAAGAUUAGAUACAUCUCUUUCUGUGUAGUUCAACAUGAACUACAUAUGCAAAUCCCUUGAUAUUACUGUCACCUCUGUGUACUAUAGAACAAGUGCUUUGCCUCAACAUUCACUUAGACAUAGGUAGGCGUAUUCUAAACUACCUUUCAUUUGGUCUGUUGCUAAAACCCAAUGCUGCAGUGUUACAAAAGUGGUAAUGUAUAUUUCCAACACACUCUGCUUCCUACAACGCAUAUUUGAUAAAAAAUAAAUAAAUAAAACAGUUACAGGUAAAGUGGUGGGUUAUAAGAAACAUAUAAGCAUUGCAACAAAAUUAAUGAUUAAUACAUAAUAACUUUGAGUUUGAUAAAUAAGCCAUUGUGUUUUAAACUAAUUAACAAAAAAACUUUUUGAAAUAAAUAUUUUAAGCUUCUAUUUUGUGUGUUUCCUUAUCAAAAUAAACUGAAGAAUCUUAUUGGA